AUCAGCGCUGUUCGAAGGCCGAAGCCGGUUACAUAAAUACGCGGCUCACCUCGAACACGCACGGCUGUAUCAACGUCGGCCGGCUUGACUGCUGCGCCAGAGAACCCUUUCAUUCGUCUCGCCGGGUCUACAGGUAACAAUGGGCCUGCUAGCCAAGCUAGUGGUGUUGCUGGCGGCCAUCUUGGUCGGCUACCUCUACAAAACUCUGAACACAGUGCCGUCCAUGCCGAAACUGGAGUCCAAGUGGUGGGGACGAGGACAGCCGCAGAGAGUCGACCAGUCCAUCCGACCAUUCAAAAUAAAUAUCCCUCAGAAGACCCUGGACGACUUGAAGGCUCGCCUGAAGCGGGCGCCAGAGCUGACUCCCCCGCUGGAAGGGGUCGGGUUCGAGUACGGCUUCAACUCGGAGUACCUGCAGGAGGUGGUGCGGCACUGGCACGACAAGUACACCUGGCGGGAGAGGGAGGCACUCCUCAACAGCCUCCCGCAGUUCAAGACGUACGUGGACGGCCUGGACCUGCACUUCAUCCACGCGAAGCCCAAGAGCGUGCCGACCGGCACCCGGGUGCUGCCGCUGCUGCUGCUGCACGGCUGGCCCGGCUCCGUCAGGGAGUUCUACGGGCUCAUCCCUCUGCUGACCACCCCUCGCACGGGGGUGGACUUCGUGUUUGAGGUGGUGGCACCUUCCCUGCCGGGCUACGGCUUCUCCGAGGGCGCCUCCAAGCCGGGCCUGGGCCCGGCCCAGGUGGCGGUCGUCAUGAAGGGCUUGAUGAACAAGCUGGGCUUCGACAAGUUCUACGCCCAGGGCGGAGACUGGGGCAGCGCCAUUGUCUCGUACUUGGGAGCUCUCUACAAGGACGAGGUCCUUGGCAUCCACCUUAACUUCUGCAUGUCGAAUAGACCCAUCAGCAACCUCAAGUGGAUCCUGGGAAGUCUGUGGCCCACCCUCGUCGCGGACGAGAAAUACGUCGACCGGAUGUACCCCGUGGGCGCCAAGUUUUCCAACCUUGUGAAAGAGUCUGGGUACUUGCACAUACAAGCCACCAAGCCAGACACUGUUUCCGUGGCCCUGAGGGACUCCCCGGUCGGCCUCGCCGCCUACAUCCUGGAGAAGUUCUCCACGUGGACCAACCCGGCAUGGCAGUCGCGGCGGGACGGGGGUCUCACCGUCAAGUACCAGCUGGACGACCUGCUGGACAACAUCAUGAUCUACUGGGUCACCGGCUCCAUCACCACCUCCAUGAGGCUGUACAGCGAGCACUUCAACCAGCAGAACCUGGCCAUACAUGACGUUGCCGUGGACGUGCCCACGGCGUGCGCGGUAUUCCCGCACGAGCUGGUGUACCAGCCGGAGUCCCUGCUCGCGGACAGGUACCGGCGCCUGGUGCAGGUGAGCCACCUGGCGCGCGGCGGCCACUUCGCGGCCUUCGAGGAGCCGCGGCUGCUGGCGGACGACGUGUGGGCGGCGGCGGGGCGCUUCCUCCGCCUCCAGCCCUCCCCUCGUGUCGCGCGAGUCCGGGUGCAUUCAGCCCUCGGCGUAUUCUUUAGUGCUGCCCGUAAACAGACGCCGCUCGGCAUGAUUCCAGCAGUGUUUUCAAUUCGCGUGGCCCUGUUUUUUUUUUUUUGGGUCUUUUAACAUUCCUGUCGUCAAGAUAAGACUGCCACCUGUCUAGGUCACCAAGCGGCGACUCCGAGUGAUGAAGCGCCAAUUUCAAACCGCUCUGUUUUUAUGAAAGGUGUCUGAUUACGAUUAGAAAUAAAGCGCCACUAUACAAGUUUCGCAGUACUUAUGAUUUAGUUCUUACAAUGUUUUUUUUUUUUUUGUUUUUACAGUGAUAAAGCUCAAUCGAGUGUUUUUACGGACUUUUUAUUGAUUUAAAAACAAAAAUUAAUCACAUUACUGUCAGUGAUGUAGGAACGUGUAGGGAGAUUUUAUUUUCAUUAUCCCACACCACUGCAAGUCCCAUAGAGCAGCGCCACCAACAAGAACUCUGCGCGCCAGAUCCGAGCCUGGCCCGUUGGGGCUAAGAGGCGUGUGAUGCGCGUGCCAGUGUCGCCCUUAGCGCUCUAGAAUUUUAAGAUCUCGUGCGCCCAGCCAGGCGGCUACAUAUUAUGGAACGUGCUUUUUUUUUUAAUCAUUGAUUUGUAAUUAUUGUACUUUUGAAAACCAAUAAAAACGCGAUAUGGAAAUGAUUA